CCAGCCGCCAGCCCCGUGGUCCGUUCCCGGCUCCGGGCUCCCGGCCUCCCGGGCGGGGCGCUGCUAUUUCUGUCCCUGCGGCGGGAAGCAGGGGCGCCGGCGCCAUUUCGCUCCCGGCCGCGCAGCACCAUGAGCACCGCGGCCUUCCACGUGGCGGGGCUGCUGGAAAAGAUGACAUCCAGCGACAAGGACUUCAGGUUCAUGGCUACCAGUGACCUGAUGGCAGAGCUGCAGAAAGACUCUAUUCAGCUGGAUGAGGACAGCGAGCGCAAGGUCGUGAAGAUGCUACUUCGGCUCCUGGACGACAAGAACGGUGAGGUGCAGAAUCUUGCUGUGCGGUGCCUGGGUCCGCUGGUGGGCAAAGUGAAGGAGUGCCAGGUGGAGACCAUCGUGGAUGCCCUCUGUGCCAACAUGCGGUCCGACAAGGAGCAGCUUCGGGACAUUGCUGGCAUCGGCCUCAAGACUGUGCUCUCAGAGCUGCCCCCCGCAGCCACAGGCUCUGGGCUAGCCACCAAUGUGUGCCGGAAGGUCACGGGUCAGCUCACCAGUGCCAUCGCCCAGCAGGAGGAUGUGGCCAUGCAGCUAGAGGCCUUGGACAUCCUGUCAGACAUGCUGAGCAGGCUAGGCGCCCCGCUGGGCUCCUUCCACGCCGGCCUGCUGCACUGCCUGCUGCCCCAGCUGAGCAGCCCGCGCCUGGCAGUGAGCAAGCGGGCUGUCAUCGCGCUCGGACAUCUAGCGGCCACCUGCAACGCCGACCUCUUCACGGAGCUUGCAGACCAUCUGCUGGAGCGACUGCCGGGCCCGAGCACGCCCACCAGCCCUGCUGCACUCCGCACACUGGUGCAGUGCGUGGGCAGCGUAGGCCGCCAGGCGGGACACCGGCUCGGACCCCACCUGGACCGCCUGGUGCCACUGCUGGAGGAGUUCUGUGGCCUGGAGGACGAUGAGCUCCGGGAGUCUUGCCUGCAGGCCUAUGAGGCUUUCCUGAGGAAGUGCCCCAAGGAGAUGGGGCCCCAUGUCCCUAGCGUGACCAGACUUUGCCUCCAGUACCUGAAGCAUGACCCCAACUACAACUACAACAGUGACGAGGAAGAGGAGCAGAUGGAAACAGAGGACAGUGAGUCCAGUGAGCAAGAGACAGAGGAUGAGUACAGUGAUGAUGAUGACAUGAGCUGGAAGGUACGACGAGCGGCAGCCAAGUGCUUGGCAGCCUUGCUGGGCUCACGGCCCGACCUGCUGCCCGACCUGCACCACAGCCUGGCACCUGCACUCGUGCAAAGAUUCCGUGAGCGAGAGGACAAUGUCAAAGCUGAUGUGUUCGCUGCCUACAUUGUGCUGCUGCGGCAGAUUCGGCCGCCUCAGGGCUGGUUGCAGGCAGUGGAGGAGCCCACUCCCACAGGCAGCAGCCUCCAGUUGCUUCGAGGACAGGUUCCCCUGGUGAUCAAGGCCCUGCAGCGGCAGCUGAAAGACCGCAGUGCCCGGGUGCGCCAGGGCUGCUUCAGCCUCCUGGCAGAGCUGGCAGGUGUUCUCCCAGGGAGCCUGGCAGAACACAUGCCCGUGUUGGUAUCAGGCAUCAUCUUCUCACUGGCUGACCGAUCCAGCUCCUCCACCAUCCGGAUGGAUGCUCUGACCUUCCUGCAGGGACUGCUGGGCACAGAGCCUGCUGAGGCCUUCCACCCCCACCUCCCCAACCUCCUACCACCCGUGAUGGCCUGUGUGGCUGACCCUUUCUAUAAGAUUGCAGCCGAGGCUCUACUGGUGCUUCAGGAGCUGGUGCGCACCCUGUGGCCACUGGGCAAGCCUCGGGUGCUAGACCCAGCACCCUACAUGGCAGAGAUGACUGAAGCCACCCUGGUGCGGCUCCGAGCCACUGACCUGGACCAGGAGGUGAAGGAGCGGGCCAUAUCCUGUAUGGGCCAUCUCAUAGGUCACCUGGGUGACCAGCUUGGGGACACUUUGCAGCCCACACUCUUGCUUCUCCUUGACCGCCUGAGAAACGAGAUCACCCGGCUGCCCGCCGUCAAGGCGUUGACACUGGUGGCUGCAUCACCAUUGCAGCUUGACUUGCGCCCCAUCCUUGCUGAGGUGCUGCCCAUUCUGGCUUCUUUCCUGCGCAAGAACCAGCGGGCAUUGAGGCUGGCCACUCUUGCUGCUCUGGAUGCUCUGGCCCAGGGUCAGGGCCGUGGCCUCCCACCAUCUGCUGUACGGACUGUGUUGGCUGAGGUGCCUGCACUGGUCAGUGAGAGUGACAUGCACGUGGCCCAGUUGGCCGUGGACUUCCUGGCCACGGUAACCCCGGCCCAGCCAGCCUGCCUGGCGGAGGUCAGUGACACCGUGCUGGCUGAACUGUUGCGGCUGCUGCGUUCUCCACUGUUGCCAACCAGUGUUCUGGCGGCUGCUGAGGGCUUCCUGCAGGCACUGGUAGGGACCCACCCACCAUGCGUAGCCUACAACAAGCUCCUCAGCCUGCUUACAGCACCUGUAUAUGAGCAGACUGGGGACAGUGGGCCAGCCCUGCACAAGCAGGUAUUCCACUCUCUGGCCCGCUGUGUGGCCGCCCUCUCGGCUGCCUGUCCCCAGGAGGCAGCCGGCACAGCCAACCGCCUCGUCAUGGAUGCCAAGUCACCACACUCCAGCACAGGGGUCAAGGUGUUGGCCUUCCUGUCACUGGCUGAAAUAGGGCAGGUGGCCGGGCCAGGCCCCCAGCGUGAGCUGAAGGCUGUGCUGCUGGAAGCCCUAGGCUCUCCCAGUGAAGAUGUGCGGGCUGCAGCCUCCUAUGCACUGGGCCGUGUGGGCGCUGGGAACCUGCCCAACUUCCUGCCCUUCCUGCUGGCGCAGAUUGAGGCCGAGCCAAAGCGCCAGUACCUACUGCUGCAGGCACUUCGGGAAGCUCUGGGGGCUGCACCACCCGAUGGCCUGAAGCCCUAUGCUGAGGACAUCUGGGCACUGCUCUUCCAGCGCUGUGAAGGCGCCGAGGAGGGCACACGGGGUGUGGUGGCUGAGUGCAUUGGGAAGCUGGUGCUCGUGAAUCCCCCAUUCCUCUUGCCUCGCUUGCAGAAGCAGCUUACGACAGGUCAGCCACACACCCGGAGCACUGUCAUCACAGCAGUCAAGUUCCUCAUCUCAGACCAGCCGCACGCCAUUGACUCCCUCCUGAAGACUUUCAUCGGGGAGUUCAUGGAGAGCCUGCGGGACCCAGACCUGGGUGUGCGCCGUGCCACACUGGCCUUCUUCAACUCAGCUGUGCACAACAAGCCCUCACUAGUUCGGGACCUAUUGGAUGGCAUCUUGCCGCUCCUCUACCAGGAGACCAAGGUCCGCCGGGACCUCAUCCGAGAGGUGGAGAUGGGGCCCUUUAAGCACACAGUGGAUGACGGGCUUGAUGUACGCAAGGCGGCCUUUGAGUGCAUGUACUCCCUGCUCGAGAGCUGCCUGGGCCAGCUGGAUGUGAGCGAGUUCCUGAGCCACGUGGAGGAUGGCCUGAAGGACCACUAUGACAUCCGGAUGCUGACCUUCAUCUUGCUGGCUCGACUGGCAACAUUGUGCCCGGCACCUGUGCUGCAGAGGGUGGACCGGCUCAUUGAGCCACUGCGGGCCACCUGUGCCGCCAAGGUCAAAGCUGGCUCUGUGAAGCAGGAGUUCGAGAAGCAGGAUGAACUGAAGCGCUCAGCCAUGCGGGCAGUGGCCGCCCUGCUCACGAUCCCGGAGGCAGGGCGAAGUCCCAUCAUGGCCGACUUCGCAGCCCAGAUCUGCUCCAACCCUGAGCUUUCUGCCCUCUACGAGAGCAUCCAGAAAGACCCUGCUUCAGCGCCCAGCACCGAGGCCAUGGAGCUCAGCUAGUCUGCCCAGUGCCUGGCCAGAGCCCCAGACUUGACCUCCAUCUGGCUGUGUCCCAGGCUUAGUGACCCCCAGACUGGGCUGCAUGCACCCUUUACCUCAGGACUGUCAGCAUUCACUUGUUCAGUCCUCCAUAGCCACUUUGGAGCCCUCUAAGGGGACAGCUCCUGCUUCAGUACAGCACUGGGAACAGGCUGCUCACAGGGUAUCGGUGGUCUGGAGCCUCAGGUUCCCACCCCAGCACUAAUCAGUCUAGACUUCCGGAGAUGUAUUUGUAACUGGGAGGAAUAGAUCAGAAACUCAAACGUAUGUUUCUGCAGGAUGGAAACAGGGCGGGGCCUGGACUUCUCCAGCUUUACAAUGUAGCAAUCUGUGGUUUCCAAUGUGCAGUUUCUAGUUUUUAGUAUUGAAGACAGACAUGACAGGCCCAAGUAUUUCCUGUGACAUCCAAGAUGAAUAAAAAAUAUUCUGAAUUA